GCCUGGAAAAUUCACACUAUCUCGAAUUCGCCGGAACAACGCACGUCGGUUUUUCGUCUGCAUCGUCGUCUUGUGCUAACACACAGAGAGAAAAGAGCAAGUGCGAAAGAGUGAACUACGGCUCAGCUUAUUUUAUCGGUGUGCUAGGCAUUUAGUUACAAACCUUUCCUUGCUAAUCGCCAAAUUUGAACCGUGCUUCGUGGGAAUAUCUCGCGUGAAAAAGGUCUUCGUCUUCAACGCCAUCAUCGCCAUCUAGACACCCCAGAACAAAUAGUGCUAGAAAAAUGAGUGACCGCAAAGCCGUCAUCAAGAAUGCCGACAUGGGCGAAGAGAUGCAGCAGGACGCAGUCGACUGUGCAACACAGGCACUGGAAAAAUACAACAUAGAGAAGGAUAUCGCUGCCUACAUAAAGAAAGAAUUCGACAAAAAAUACAACCCCACCUGGCACUGCAUCGUGGGUCGAAACUUUGGAUCGUACGUGACGCACGAAACGCGCCACUUCAUAUACUUCUAUCUCGGUCAGGUUGCCAUCCUAUUAUUUAAGAGCGGUUAAACCACAAAAUUAGCUUAAUAUCAUCAGAAUGCGGAAGGGGGCGAACGGAGGAGGAAGCGAAAGAGAGGUGAUGCCACACGGAAGGCGGAGCGGUAGAUUGCGUUAGAAAUGGCAACGAUUGCGUAUAACAGCGGCAUCCAGACUCGGACACGGCCUUCAACGUAUAGCGUCGUAAGUUGCUGGGAACCGUAUGGAUUCGUAUGGGAGUAAUAGAAACGAAAAGGUGAAUAGACAACUGGAUAGUGAAGUGUGUGAGCAUUAUUUGGAGGGAGUGAAAAUUUGACAUUCUUUAUAUAUUUAACGAGAACUGUACUAAAUCUCGUACGUCGCAGAACUGUAUUUAUUAAGUAAACCAACCAACUUUACCGGAAAUCGUGAGAACGACAAAAAGGUACGAUCAAUCAGUGGUCGUACAAUAUGUUUGGAUCAAGAAGAGAAAACCAUCUGUCCAGUCGCGCCCCAGUAUAAUCUCUUGCCUCAAAUUCUCCUUUGAAUUGGCAGCUAUUUGAAGUUUUACGCAAGCCCAAUGCCAGAAGAGGCUGAGCGGGGAAAGCAGAUGUUCAAGUAUAACUAGAAUUGCAUUGCGUUCAGUAAGGAUAUAUCAUUGUGAUUGUGAAUUGGAAUAGAUGUACAGGAUCGCUGCCUUUGUCCACUACCCCGCAACAACUUGCUGAAAAGAAAACAAAAUUCUAGAAAUACAAUCAGUCUCGAUUGCCUGGGAGUUUAUAUGUGGCCAUUUUAUGAUUGAACGAUCCAUCGCAGAGGCUACGGAAGAUGGAAGUGUAAAAACAGGAAGUCGGUAUGACAAGGAGCAGAAUAAGUUGGACAGAAUUAGAAGAGAGAACUGGGCGAUCUUUCGUUAAUCAUCAUUCUGGACGAUAGCUCUUCCAUUAGAGAAAAGGGUUGCGUGCGCUUUUUUUUACUAGGAACCGAUCAUAGGAACAUUCAUUAACUUGCAGGAACUCAGAAACACACGAUUUUUUAGUUGUGAAAGAGAAGCGAUUGCGGAAUCUCUCAACCGAAACGAAAAGAAGAAAUCAAUAGGCAGGCUCGUUACUUGAAUGGUGUCCUAUUCAAUUCGCUUUCCCAGGUGAUGUAGUGUAAGAAGCAUUGGUUGACUCGCAAGAUUUCGCAAUAAUUCUAUAUCGUUCGAUCGAUAGAAUAUUUGGAAUGGCGAGUUUGUUUUGAGUUAACGUUUUGUUUAGUUUGGAUAUGCACUUAACGGAAGGAGAUUUUUUCUCCAUGAAAGAUGGUCUAGGGCGUGAACGAAACAUGUUAUGUUUCUACGGCAGGAUACGUAAUGUUCCGCACUGCGUCGCGUGUUGCCUCAGGAGCGACGUAGAUAGUUGAGAGGUGUUCCUAGGUCUUUUUUUCAACGUUAAGUAUAGACGGCGCUGGAUUGCUUUUGACUCCCUCAAUGAAUGUAUGAUGUUUCAGUUAUCAUUUCCUUUUUCUUUAACAAUGGUUAUUAGUAGUAGUUUUGUUUUUCCACUAUAGUAUAUCAAACGAAAGAAGGAGUAUAAAUAAAGAAUUACACUCGAAAUACAAAACUAACUGCAUAGAACUGAAGAGAGCCUAUUGUGUUGGUAGUAGCGAACAAAUCUAACUCUCUCUCUCUCAUACACACACGCACUGAAAGU